AUGGUUGAUCCAGGUGAAGAGGCUCCAAAAACAUUAAUGCGUGAAUUCCAAGAAGAAGCACUAGGAACAGAAGAAACAGGGCCGACACCUCAAUUUAUUGAAAGAUUAUUUUCAGAUGGUCAUUUGAUCUAUAAAGGUUAUGUAGAUGAUCCGAGAAACACAGGUAAAGACGAAACGGGUGUUAAUUGGUAUAAAUUUGAUAAAGAUUAUAAUUUAUAUGCAUCCCAUGAACAAAUGAUGAGAAAAGUUGUGGAACGUCUCAAUGCAUAUGCAUAUUGGAGUAAAGACGAAACGGGUGUUAAUUGGUAUAAAUUUGAUAAAGAUUAUAAUUUAUAUGCAUCUCAUGAACAAAUGAUGAGAAAAGUUGUGGAACGUCUCAAUGCAUAUGCGUAG